GCCCGAGCUUUUUUAUGCAAAACCGGGUAAGCUUCGCCAGGAACAACCGUUGGCUGAGGGGGCAUUUCUUUGAUCGUUUUCUUUGGUAAACGCUGCUUUCUCGCUCCUAUAUUAGAAAAUACUCACUACCGGGACUGUAAAGCUUCCAAUAACAGCAGCUGCAUGAGGCUAGAGGCUGUUAUCUACGCCAGGCCUGCAGCUGGGGUCACUGAUAUGGCAGCCACCUGAAACUGUGACGUCGACCAAGGCGUUCCCGACGGGAGCUGGAUGUUUCGUUUCAUGGAAGAGCAGUGACACACAGUCAAUUUCAAGUCUGCAGGAUUGCCAAUGGACCAUUGAAGCACCAUGUCUUCCGACCCAGCGUGUCAGUGGACAAACAUAAGACAGCCUUAAUUCUGAUUGCAUGUUUUUACCAUUAUUCGUCUCGGUAGCGUCAUUUCUGCAUGGUGGACCAGACACAAGAUGAAGAGUUCGAGGUGCCGAGGACCGAGUGCUGCAAUGCCACCCCCCAGGCGCUCUGCAAGAGUCAGCUGUGGUCACAUCUCAAGGCUGGGUAUACACGACACGGAUACCGCCGAAAAUGAAACUUUCGCAGAAGCAGUGAUGGCGUCACUCAAAGUGACUAUGCCGUGCCUGUUUCCACAGAAGUGCCGGGUCUGCCAGAAGACACUGUCCAGCAGGACGUCACUCGUGAGGCACAUGCGCACGCACACAGGUGAAAAACCAUACGCGUGCCCCUCGUGUCCUGCGGCCUACACUACUCUUUACCUGCUUAGCCUACACAUCCGAACACACACUGGUGAGAGGCCGUACAAGUGCAACAUCUGUGAAAGUUCGUUCUCUCAGCGGACUCCACUGAUCCACCACCUACGUACACACACGGGUCAGAAACCAUACGAAUGCUCUCUCUGUCCAGCCGAAUUUGUAAAGCUUCAAUCGCUACGCCAGCACGAGCGAACGCACACAGGUGAGCAGCCGUACGAGUGCAAUGUGUGUCACCGAAGAUUCGCGCAGCUCCCGUUCCUCGUAGCACACGCACGCACGCACACGGGCGAACGGCCGUUCGUGUGCCACGCGUGCCCGGCAGCGUUCACUCAUCGAAAGACACUUGCCAAUCACAAGAGGACACAUACGGGAGAAAAACCGUUCGAGUGUCGCACGUGUGGUCGCCGGUUCUCGCAGCAAGGGAACCUGGUACGCCACCUGCAGCUACACACGGUUGACAAAAAGCACAAGUGCAGCCUGUGUCCUUCAGUGUUCGCCUUAAAGCACUCGCUGGAGGCCCACGAAUUGUCACACAAAGCUGUUAGGCCUUUUAAAUGCAGUGCAUGCCCUGCUUCUUUUGUCUACAAACAAAACCUGGAUGCCCAUCGACGAGUGCACACAGGCAAUGUGCCAUUUUCAUGUGCUUUGUGCGACAAAACGUUCUGGGCAUUGAGGCAACUGCGGAGACACCUGCUCACUCACACAGGUGAGAAAAGGUUCGAGUGCGGCAUCUGCAAGAAGCGUCUCACACGGACUUGCAGCUUGGCACGCCACAUGCGAAUACAUGCUAGGAAAAAGGAUGCCUAAAAGGCUGGCAGGCAGAUCUCUGCCUUUUGCAACAUGUGAUAUCACUGUUCACUGCACACCUUGUCUGCUCAUCUGGCCAAAGGAUGAUAUGUUGAAAAGCAGCCUGCGUACCUUCCUGCAGGCUAGAAAAGAUGUUCCUGCUUUGGCUUUUAUGACUACAGCAGUUCAACUUAUGCUUUUAAUUUGAGAAAUGCAAACUUGUUCACUGCUGUGGCUGAGUUUAGACCUUGUGGCUGUUAACAAUUGACGUGGGGACUGUAAGUGCCAGAUUAUUGCUGUGGGAUACAUUUGCUCAACGUGCUGGUGGAUGUACAACGGUAAGGGAGUUAAGCUCAAUUUGCAUAUGCAGUAGCUAGCAUGCCAUCUGUCUCAUUUCUCCCACCGAGCACUAACCUUUGCACACAGGCCAUGAGAUGCUAGUGUUCUGUAUUGGGUAAAAGUUUUUCUUUUUUGCUGUAUUGACUGAGAUGAAGGUGCCGGAACACCAUGACCUAUUUCGGACAUAUAAAAUUGAUGGUUUCAAUUAAAGUUAUUUCAUGUUUAUACUACAGCAGUACUGCAAUGGAAAGUGUAACAAGUUUAGUUUGAGGUGGUUUGUCAUGUUAAUGUUUAAAUUUGAAGUUGCUAUAGUUUUUUUGCAACUGUUUGAUCAUUGGAGCACUCAUUCACAACUGUCUCAAUACCUUCAGCCCCAUGUAAGGGGGGCAACAUGCAUUGGCAACACCCACUUAGUAUUUUCUUUUUGAAGUUUUACUCAUUGCAGGGCAUUCAAGUCUUGCUUCGUCAGUAAGCACUCUGAGCUUGUGUGGCUGAUUUCGCCUUAAGUUCAAACUUUGUACUAAGAGCUGUGCAGUGGAAGUGAAGAGGUUUUUGAGCUUUGCCAUGCAAAAUUUGGCAGCAUAAGAACUAGUACAAACUAUUUUGCCAUUUGAUAAUGGCAGACCUUGUGAUAUGCUACAUGUUGUGCAAGACCAUUUCGUAAUAAAAGUGAUCUCAUUUUGAA